UGACACUUUCCUCGACUUUCUUGACCUUCCACCCCCGUUGGCCGCGCCAGCCGUUCUAUUUCUUCGUUCACACUCCUUGCUGCUACUCUUCGCACCCAUUUCAGUCGUCUAACAUGUCUGGAGAAGUGGAAUACUCUGACCCAUCCCCGGUCUUCGAUACUCUCGACGUCGACCUCAUCAUCAAAGUCCUCAAGAACACAGCAUUCAGCCCCUUCUUCUGCAUGCUCAUCCCGACCUUCUACCUCUUCCAAGGCGCCAAAGCGACUGACAGUAUUGUGGUCAUCUCAGCGGCGUAUUGCUUGGCCGUGUCCGCAUUCUGGUUCAUUCAAUGGUGUUCCCUCCUGUACCAUAACCAAGGAAGCUUUUGGUACGCUCCUAAACCCAUGGAAUGGAGUGAUCAAAUUGUGGUAGUCACUGGUGGCUCGUCUGGUAUCGGCGAACUGCUGGCCAACACCUUAGCCGUGAAGAGUGUGACUGUUAUCGUCCUGGAUGUCAAGCCCAUACAAAGCCAGAACUACAACAUCAACUACUACAAGUGUGAUGUCAGCAAGUGGGAGGAGGUUGAAGCCGUGUCUAAGAAGAUCGUUGAAGAGAUUGGGGAGCCCACUAUCCUUAUCAACAACGCUGGCGUUGUGCAAGGCAAGCUGUUGUUGGAUCUGUCUCCCGAAGAUCUCAAGCAAACCUUCGACGUGAAUACGCUUGCCCACUUCUGGACUCUCAAAGCUUUCCUUCCAGCCAUGAUUGCUGCCGGCAAGGGCCACAUCGCAAUGCUGGGUAUGCGGGGGUUUGCACAAAUGAGUGACUACUGCGCUUCCAAAGCAGCAUUGAUCAGCCUGCAUUCGUACAAAGCACCCGGUGUCCGCACAACCCUCCUCUGCCCGGGCCACGUCCACACACCACUCUUCGCGGGUGCUGAUCCGGCCAACAAGUUCUUCUUCCCAACCGUACAUCCGAUCGAAGUUGUGAAGAAAGUCAUACAAGCUCUGGACGACACGCAUUCUCAGUCGAUCUAUCUUCCUUUCUACGUUAACUUUGUCCCUACCCUGCAGCUUUUGCCUGAAUUUGUAGGCAAUCUAGCCGAUUGGUUGACUAACGCGAACUUUGCGAUGAAGAACUUUCGCAAGCCUUCCAGUCGCAGAGAUGAGGAAGGUCCCGUAACCAAAGCAGAUUAGACAUGCAAUAACAGCCCAAACGACGAUGUGAGAUGUCAAUUGUGUGUUUGCCUCGAUCAAUCUACUUGUCAUGUCUGUGACGGCCUAGAGUGGCCAGCGAUGCAAUUAUGAACGGCUGAAACACGCCAAUUGGCGCUUUGAGGGUCUAUAAAGCGCCUUGACGGCUCGAGCGUUAAAUCUCGGAUCAGUGCCGUUCUUAUCUAAUACGCGCUUUGCAUCGCACUGCUCUUAAGAGCACCCACAAAGGCAGUUACCUUCCCCACUCACAACUACCCGUCCCUUUCCCACUAUCGACCGACUGCCUCGAUCUGCGCUGAUGUUCGCUACCAUUCACCAGGCUCUGCUCCGCGCAGCGACCAUCCUCGCCAGCAGCAGUGUCUGGGCACACGACCCGCCACUCACCGUACCACACGCGCCCGAGACGCGUCGAAUGUCGAAAAAACGGCGAUCGAGAUCCCCCCGAUCACCCUGCGUUCCAGGCAAGUCCCCUGCGACGUGCACCAGCCAGGCGCUGCACGUAACCAUCACCUCGACUCCCUCGCUCUCCGCGACUGCCGCGUUCCUCGCGAUGCUGUACCCCCCUCCCGUGUUCGCGACGCGAUACACGACGUAUGGAUGCGGUGGUGGGGGCUGGACGACGAUUGGCGGUGAUCGGGUGCCUCCCCCUGUCUGUCGCAAUGCAUGUCAAGGCUGUGACACCCCAGACUGGUCGGCGACCACCGCGUUUCGGCGCGUAUCUAACUUUGGCGGACCAUCGGAGCAACCCCUUGGGCCUACUGCAUGUAGGCCGAAAGCCGAGGCUGAUUAUGACGCAACCGUUUCCGGGCCAUUGAUGUGGGAACCGGGAUCCGUGCAUAAUGGGGACUGCCUGUCAUGUCCUGCUACUAUGCCCUCGGAGACAGCGGAGCUUUCAAUACCUUUAUCAAUACCGAUCCCUGACUCUGACUCCGGGACGGAUAUCCCGCAAGUCAUGGUUCCAGAAGAAGAAGAAGCAGGAGAAGCAGAGACUUGGGACGAUGAGACAUGGGCCGCCUACCUCUCGUGGCAAUCCAACCAAGCCCACCACCAUCCAGGAUACCUCUGUGUCUCAGACUCUGCACUCGCACUACCAGCGGCUGGGCCACUGCCGGAUCGGUCAGGGCGUGAGCCGUGCAAGGUAUUCAGUCGCUCGCAGUUGGCUGCAUUUAUUUUAGCUCUGCGCGAGGGCACACCUUCCGAGAUCGAGUGUGCGGCAAAAGAGGCAUACAAGGACGUGGCCUUUGCAGCAUGCGCGGUCGUGCGCGACGCCGUCGGCGGAUAUUACGAGGACGGGAACGUGCUGGCCCACCUCGAUAUGCUGAGUGCGUUUCAGUGGACGGACCCGGCAGCAUCCGUGCUUGCGCACUGGCGCAACUACAUUUUCAUCUCACUCAUCGAAUCUGACGCCCCGUUUCCGUGCCACACAUCGCCAUAAGCCAUGCGCCGGAAGACCACGGCCUGGCUGCGGGCCUCGUGGCCCUCCCACCCCAGGACACAGCGCAUCUGUGCGUUCCUCCUCGACCGAGUUUCACGCGAUCGGCAACAGAAGAAGGUCUAGAAGUCAAGGACGACGCCAACAGCUGGUGGAUCGAGGGCGAAGAGGACUCCGGCGCGGAGCCGAGCUCCGAGUCGGAGGAGGAACUGGAGGAAAUGCAGACGCCAGUCGUCGACUUUUCGGUCGCUGUUCCGUGUGCCACGGAGAGCCUCUCGCGCCACUUCCUGCUGGAGGAGGAGGAUCUGGUGCUCCCAGACGAGAUCCCGGUGUACCGUCUGGGGAUGAAACACAGGCCGCUUGAUGUGGUGCAGGAGCAGGAUGAGUCGGACGAGGACAGCUCACUGGGCGCAGUUUGUGAUAUGCCGCGCCCAUCCUGCGAUCCUUUUCCCGCGUCGUUGAGAAAGUGGAUCGAAUCAGCUGGGCUGACCUGCCAGAGGACGAUCUGGGUGACCUGGAUUGGGCGCGUUGAGUAUCACGAUGGACAUCUAUUGUAUUAUUAUCACCCUGCAUUUGUACC